GAGACGGAAAUUUUCCCCACUCUAAAUUCUCGGGAAAAUUUUGCCAUUACGAUCUUUGUCUCUUCUCUCUCUCUCUCUCUCUCUCUCUCGCAAUUAACGCCAAUACCAGGAGAAGAACUUCGAUCCCCUUUCUCGUGGUAUUUCACUUUGGAUCUUGGGUUUUCCCCGGAUCGAUCUGAUAGGGGGCUUUUUUUUCACGGUAGGUGGAUUCUUUAGGGAUUCGUUUGUUUGUUUGAUCGAUCGGCAGCUGAGAUGGACGAGUUCGGUGUUCUUACGGAGCGUUAUGGGCUAAAGCCUCAGGGAAAAUCCGCACCGAUGUCUUCGUCGAAGCGAUCGGUGAAUCCUAACAAUGCUCAGAGCUGGCAUUUUGGUUCAAGCGCGGGUGUAGAUGCUAAACCUACCUCGUACGCUUCUGAUAGAUCUUGGAACACGGGAUCUGGUGAUAGGUCGUUGUUUGACGGCGACGACAUUUUCUUUAAAUCGAGUUCCAUUGAUAGGAAAGGCAUGGAUUCUGGUGGGUUUGACGACUUAGGGUAUUUUGGUGGUUUGAACAAGUUGUCAUCCAAUAAAUCGGGUAAUAGUGAGUCGUCUUUCGGUGGUGAUGGCUUGAUGUUUUCCAAUCUGGGGAAUUUGGGAACGAAAACCACCUCUUCAAUGGAUAGUUAUGAUGUAGAUGAUAUAUUUGGUGGUAUGACGAGGUCCAAGAGCUCCCCUACCGUUGAUAGUGAUGAUGUAUUUGGAUCAUUCUCUUCGUCGGCGAAGCAAAAUGGCUCUGUCGAUGAUUUGUUGGGUGAUUUUAGCCAAUUUGGUACCAAAUCAAAGAGCUGGAACCAGAACAGUUCAAGUGACGUGGGGAAGAAUGCAGCCGAUUUUGAUGAAUUGAUCCCUGGUUUCGGUGGAAAUGCUCAAUCAAGUAGUGGGACUGCUAAAUCAACUUCUUCUGUAGACGACCCUUUUGUUGUUCUUGAAUCGAGUUCAGCUUCGGGGCAUUCUUCUUCGGGUGUGUUUGUGGAUCCACUGGAAGAGUUUGCGAAUUCCUUCAGUUCUAAGGGGACAAAGCCUUCAAAUUCUUCGCAAACUUCAACAAAGCUCAGGCCUCCACCGAAACCAGCACAGAAAGUAUAUGAAGUUAAGAGCUCGUCUUCGAUAGAUGAACUUGAAGAGUUUGCUAUGGGUAGAGUGCAACAUACUUCCUCGGCUUCCCAAAAUGCUAGUAAAUAUAAAGAAGCUGAAGAUGUUGGAACAAAGAAAAAACAAACUAGGGUAGAUGACCUUGAUUCCUUUUUCAGCUCAGGGUCUCGUUCUAGCAGUGUACCAAAAUCUCGGGCAACAACUGAAACUUUUAGCAAGCCAGCAUUUAACGCUACAAAGAAGACAUCUAGUGGGGUUCCAUCUGGCGUAAAGAAGCCUGUUCCUCCAGCAAAUUUGGUGGAUGAUUUUUCUUCACUUUUUGGAGCGGAUCCUUUAUUUGGAGAAUUUGAGGAUAUUCCGGGGGAAAGCGAAGAAAGACGAAAAGCUAGAUGGGAUCGUGAACGGAGAACAAAGAACCGUGUGGCACAGGCUGUAGCUGAUAUGAAUCACCGUGAUCAUCAAACUCAGCUUGAACAAGAAGAAAGGAGUAGAAUCGCUGAGACCAUAGAUGCUGAGAUAAAACGUUGGGCUGCUGGGAAAGAAGGGAAUAUGCGUGCAUUGUUGUCUUCGUUGCAAAUAGUACUGUGGCCUGAAUGUGGUUGGGAAGCAGUUUCUCUUACGGAUUUGAUCACUUCCACUUCAGUCAAGAAAGUAUAUAGAAAGGCGACACUUUACGUCCAUCCUGAUAAAGUUCAACAGAAAGGAGCUACCCUCAAACAGAAGUAUAUCGCCGAAAAGGUCUUCGACAUUCUGAAGGAAGCUUGGAACAAGUUCAACAAAGAGGAACUCUCUUAAGAGAAUCUUAGAGAUCAGAGUUGUCCGAACGCAUCGUCUUCCACGACGCACACCAACGUCCGAGGAUUAGAGACCAUGGAAGAGUUCUGAAUUGUGUUCUUUGGUGUAUCACGAUAUUGUGCAUAUGGUUUUUUUUUUUUUUGCUAUACAAAUGUGCUGCCAGAUUCGUUCAAUCUUGUCGUUUGUUCUACUAUCCAUGUUUCCGUGAGGGAAUGAAUGUUAUUGUUGUAUAUCCAAAAACCCCGUUUCCGGCCAAUAUUGAUGAUAGAAUAAAAUUAGAAUCCCAAUAGUAA